AUGCUUGUGUGGAGGCAUGGAUCUACACUACAACCAAGCAAAUGCCCCUUGUGUCGUCGUCCAAUUAGUUUGCUUGUUCCUUCAGAGGACACAAUCAGAGACCGUAAUGACUCUUUGGUUGCUGAGGUUCUUGCUAAUCUUGAAACGUAUAACCGACUCUUUGGCGGCCGUUCAAGUAGUUUAGUUCAGAAGAUGCAAGAUCUUCCCUUCUUACUCCGCAGGUUGUUGCGGGAAAUGAUGGAUCCGCAAAGAACGAUUCCGCUUGUGAUCAGGGCUCGAGUCUAUAUCGCAGGUAAGUUCGACAUUAUUCAUAUAACUUUGAUCUCUCUGUAUUGGAUGGGUUGA